AUGGAUAACAUGCAUCUUUUCGAGUGGGAAAACCAUCUAGUGAAUGGAGAGAGGCCUCCACCACGAACAUGUCCAAGGUGUCUCUCAGACAACACCAGGUUCUGUUACUACAACAACUAUAGCUUCGCUCAACCUCGUUACACCUGCAAGAAUUGUCGUCGACCCUGGACACAUGGUGGGACUUUAAGGAACAUACCGGUUGGUGGCAGUGGCCGUAAAACCAAGCGUCCAAGGAGAGAUCAACCAUCUGUUGCUCAGGUGGUUCCUGUUGAGACUCAACAGGUUAAUCAUCAGCAGCCUAUCUUACAUGAUCAAGAAACCAACGAUUUUCUUGGAUCUAUUUGA